AUGGCUGAGGAUUCUCUGCUCCCUCCUAUAAUGUCUCCACAGCUGGUAGUGGCUCUUGCUUGCCUACUUCUGACUUGUCACUCACUGAGGAGACAGGUACAUUUGAGUGGGAACGCAUCCCACCUGGAGCUCUACCUCUUGGGAGCUCUUGAUGGUGGUGGCCAGCAGAACCCUCACAUCCUGAUUGCCAACCCUGGCUCCAGGUGCCUCAGAGCCGCUCGGUUUGGGCCCCCACCGCUGGACUUGAUGACUCAAAUGCAGCCAGAGGACCAAUGUGAGGUGACAGUGCUGGACAUCCUGCCGCUCCAAGGCAUGCUUUCUCCUUGCCACUUUCCCUGUGACUUUGGAGCCCACCAGGUCAGGUAUACUCACUUUGGCUCGCCCAGUGCCACAAGCACCCGGGUGCAGCUGUAGCUGCGCUACGACUCAGGGAAUUCCACGCUGGUGCUGCCUUUCACUCUGGAUGUGAACGUGGUCUUCUCCAAGCUCGAGCUGGUGACACGCAACAGGCCUUUGAAGGUGUUUAAAGUGCAAGGCUGCAGCCAGGCCAUUGACAGGAGAAUGAUAGACUCCAGGAGUGGGUGCAAGCUGCUCUUGCAUCCUCACCCUAGCGGAGCAUUCCCCAAGUAUGGGCACUUGGUGGAUGCUGCUGGGACUCCUCUCUCCAGGGGCCACCUGGCCCACUGUGAAACCUUAGUCCAGGCUGGGGUGUGCUACCGGCACACCGCUACACCACUAGGGCCAGAGCCCCAAGGUACUGGGUCAGUGAAGGUGCUGGCCCAGGAGUACUUUCAGCUUCAAGUCAGAAUCCAGAAUUUAGCUGCUCUGAUGAUGGCAAUAGUUGACCAGUCCCUACUUACAGCCCUGACGCCUGAUGCUCUAGCUGCAGAAGACAGCGAAUCAGUCCCUGAAGUCUUUAACAUUCUCAAUGCCCCCGAGGUCCCAACUGGACACCAAGGUCAGGAGGGCUAUGUGAUGAACACAGAUGACCCCCUGGGUCUUCCAGUCUCCUUCGCUCAGAAGGAACUGUGGGAGCUGAAAAUUGCUUUUCGACCCCCCACAGGGAGCUCAGGAGGGGACCGCAUUUUCCAGCUGGAACUACAGCUAGUAGAUGGAGAUGGUGACAUCUCUGACCCUUGCCUUGUGGUGGUCUUGAAGUCUAUGAAUGCCCUGGCUCCGAUGACUAGCUAUAAUAAAGGACUUCUGGUUUUUGAAGACCAGGCAAGGCCCCUGUCCAAUGGCCAAAGCCUCCAGGUCAGUGAUAAAGAUAAUUCAGAAGAAAUAAGAAUUGCUACAGUCAGAGGUCUGCAGCAUGGGCAGCUGGUGGUGCUUGGGGCACCUGCAAGGUGUAAGUAUUUCACACCAGUAGACCUAAGUGCAGGGCGAGUGUACCAGCAUGAUGACAGUGACUCUUACAGUGACAAUGUCAUCUUCAGAGUGGAGGAUGGGCACCAUCGAGUGGAUUUCCUCUUCCCCAUUACCAUUGUGCCUGUGUCUACCACCAACACAGGACUCUCAGUGACUCAAGGGCAGGUGGUCUAGAUAUCCCCCUUUGUUGAGGGCUCAACUAUUCUCUUUGUGUUGGAAGACCAACAUCUGGAAGGAAACAGGAAGAGUAGGAACCUGGCCCCUGAUUCCUAUAGCUCAAGCCAGCACUCGAGCAACAUGCUACUGAGGCAGGUUGAACCCCAUUUGUCCCUUCUGCAGAGUGACUGGCACUAUGUGGAAAUGGAGGGGCUUUAUGAGAAGGUGGUGACUGAGUGGCUACAGGAAGACAUAACAGAAGGGAGACUUCUCUUCUCUCAUCCUGGACCACACAUCCCUCAAUCUACAGUAUUCCAUAUGGCUUUCCAUGUGCAGGAUGGCCAUGACCCACCAAAUCUAUCCAGCCAGCACUUCCUCAGCAUCAGUAUCCAUCCUGUAGAUGAGCUGAGCCCUCAGCUGUAUCCAGGAACGGCCCUAGAAAUGACUGUGCAUGGGUACCAGCUCACUCCCUUCCAGAAGAAAUUCCUCCAAUAUAUUGACCAGAAUUCAAAUGACUAGAACUUGUGGUACACCCUACUGACACCACCAACUGACACUGAAAGCAACCACCAAGUCCAGACUGGAGAAAUUGUGCUCAGUGAUUCACCAAAUAGACCCAUUAUUCACCUCACCCAGGCCCAGGUCAUUCAUCAAAAAAUUGCUUAUCAACCCCCACAGAAGAUUCUGGGCAUUGUUCUUCAGGUUGUGCAAUUCACCUACCAGGUGGGAGACGCUGCAGGCAAUGGUCUGCCAGAUACAUUCACAUUACUCCUGCAGCCUUUGAAUAAUCAGCCACCAAAAGUUAUCAAUAGGGGCUUUGCUGUCUUCAGAAAAGAUAGCUUUAUUCUCACCAACAGUGAACUUGAUGUUACAGACCCUGACACAAAUAUUGAUCAAAUUUUCUUCACUUUAGUCUGGGUUCCCCAGCAUGCACACUUGAGGUGCUAAAAAUACAUGGUUGCAGGAGAAUCUUUCAUGCUAACUGAUAUUAUUAAUGGGAACAUCUCUUAUCAGCAUAGUAGAGACCAGACUACCAGUGACAUCUUCUACCUGGAGGUAACUGAUGGGGUGCACCAUAUACCCAUCAGUAUACUCAUCACUGUCAUGGCUGGUGGAAGUCCUGUGGUCUCUAUGACUGGCUUUCCAAUAUUGGCUAUUUCCAUAACUGUGCUUGAGAAUGCCACUACAGGGAUCACCAUGGGUGUCAAUCAUGGUAAAAAGAGCAGAAAGGAUUUAAUGCUAUCUUUCAUUAUAGAGGACAAGCCUAAAUUGGGCUCUAUUCUGGUGAAUGGUCUGCUUGCAGAACAAUUCACCCUGGAGGACCUCACUGGUGGGGUAGUCACCUAUGUCCACACUGGAGGUGAAGUUGGCUUCCAAAGUGUACAUGAUGCUUUCAGCCUCAUCCUCAGCAAAGAUUCUUAUCACUGGUCCUUGGGGGACAACAUACUGGAGAAGGUGCUUGUACAAGCGACAGUUCUGCCAGUGGACAACAUGGCUCCCAAGGUCUUAGUGGGAGAGCCCUUCAUCGUAUAUGAAGGUGGGAAGAGUCUUUUGACCACACAACACCUUAACAUUGAAGAUGUGGACACCCCCAAAGAUGAAAUCCUUUGCACUCUGACUGUACAGCCAUCCUCUGGCUACCUGGAAAACUUAGCACCAGCUCCUGGUUCAGAAGUGUCUCGUGCUUGCCUUCUUCUUCUUCAGUGCCUUCUUUUUCAUGGAUGUCCAAGUCAGGUCAUCAAUUACGUGCAAAGUAUCCACAUGGGGGUAGAACCAGAGACAGAUCAAUUCUCCUUUUAUUGCUCUGAUGGCAUCAACUUCUCCACAAAUGUCCUCCUCCCUCUGACCAUCUUGCCCACCAAUGAUGAACAGCCUGAACUUUUCAUCCAUGAGUUUGUGGUAUUAGAGGGGAUGAGCCAGGUCAUAGACACCUUGUAGGAGAUCCAGGAGGCCUCCUCCAUUGCCUAUGAGCAUGAUGACUCAGAGAGCACAGAGGACAGCUUUGAGAUCUGGUUGAGUGAUGGCAAGCACACCACUCACAAAAAGGUACCCAUUGUUGUAAUUUUGGUAGAUGAUAAGGCCCCUCAGCUGACCAUCAAUGAUGGGCAGGAAGUAGAAACUGGACACUCUGAGAUCAUGACAAAUCAUAUGCUAAAAGCUGUAGAUCUUGACUCAGAUAACAAGGGUCUCACUUUUGUUCUCCUGACUGAGCCUCAACAGGGGCUUCUACAAUGACUGAGGAAACCAGGAGGGGACAUGAGAAACAACCUCACUGUGGAAAUGAAUUUCACCCAGGAUGAAAUUGACAGAGACCUCAUCUGUUACACCCACACAGGCUAGACGGAUGCUGUUGAUCUUUUCAAAUUUGAUGUGACUGAUGGAGUUAACCCUCUGAGGGAACGCUAUUUCUAUAUCAUCAGUGGCAACUCAAACAGCAUGCCCCCUGAGGUUGUCAGCAAAAGGGUCACCUUGACAGAAGAUGGCAGAGUGACCCACACCACUGAACUGUUUAAUACCAGUGAUAUCCACAGCUCUGAUGAGGAAUUUCACUAUAAUAUUACACGAACUCCUAGCAUGGACUACUUGGAAAGUUCUGACCAGCGAGGAGAGUCCAUGACUUCUUUUACUCAGGUUCAACUGGCUGGCAACAAGAUAUCUUAUGUUUAUAUUUCAAAGGAUGAGAUAAAGGUGGAACACUCUGAGCUUAGAGUGACUGGUGGACAAAUCUUCAAGGUAUUCGGAACAGAUGGGGACAAUAAGAAACCAACUGUGACCAUCCAUACACUAGCACUGCAAAGAGGGGACAGCAUAGAGGUCACUCCCUUUCAGUUGACAGUGGAAGAUGAGGAUACUCCAGAUGAUUUUGUUAUGCUUACCAUCACCCAGGUCCUCAUCCACGGCAAGAUUUUGUACAAUGGUAGCCAUCCUGUGACCACUUUCACCAAGAAAGACCUGACUGGGAACUUGAUUCUCUACUGUCAUGAUGGUAGUAAGACAACUGAUGACAGUUUCUCCUUCACUGUGACUGAUGACUCAGACACUGCCCUGGAGACAUACCCACCUCAGAUAAUGUGGAUCCAGAUAAGCCCCCUUGGCAACAGGCUCCCACAGAUUGCCAUUAACAGGGGAGCCUCAGCCUUGAAGUUCCUCCGCACUGGACACUUGCAUUUCCUCAUUACCAACAAGUAUCUACAAGCAGACCAUCAGGAUGGCCCUCACAGACUCCUGAAGUAUAAAGUGACCAGAGGACCUGAGCAUGACUACAUUGUCAUUGCUGGCUCUGGGAACAGGAGCACCCAUAUGUUCCCAUUCUCCUCUGCUGACAUUGAUGAGAUGCGGGUCCACUACAUCCUGAGCAAGGGCAGCAGUGCAACGGAGGACACCUUCUACUUCUCUGUUGAAGCCAAUGGCAUUGAAACCAAAGAGGAGACUGCAGAAGAAAAUAAAGACUUUAGAGGAGUGGGUCCUAAGCGGGUCUGGUUCGAUCCUGGCCAGUCUAUAGCCACAUGGAAAGUGGGACUUAAACCUGACAUCAAGUAUGAGUCCUCAGAAACUUUCCAAAUCCUCCUAUCAGAACCUGACAUGGCUGUGCUGGAGUUUCCAGAGACAGCAACAGUUGAAAUUGUGGAUCCUGGAGAUGAAUCAACAGUUUACAUUCCAGAAGCAAAAUACAAACUAGCAGAGGCUAUUGGGGAGUUUCUGGUUCCUGUAAGAUGGUCUGGAGACACAAGCCAGGAGCUCACAGUCAUUUGCUCUACACAUCCAGGCUCUGCCACUGGCACAAUUCCCACCAUGGAGUCAUCUUAGUCAGAUUACAUCUCAUGACCAGAAGACAGCACUAGUAUGCUCCACUUCAAAAAGGGUGAGAUGGAGAAGACAUGUCAGGUCCUGAUCAUCAACUACUCCCUGUAUGAAGAGGAGGAAUCCUUCAGCAUUGCCCUAAGCCUGCCAGUGGGAGGGCAGCUGGGAACCAAAUUCCCUACUGCCAGGGUAACGAUCCUGGCUGACAGAGACUUAAAGCCUGCCCUGCACUUCAGAGAUGAUGAAGAAAGUGCUGGCUACAUGGAUGUAGCCAUCUGGUGAAGAGGCACUGACCUUUCUGUAGCAUCCUCCAUCAUCGUGUGCUCUAGGAGGACAGAGCAACUGCCAGCAGAAGCUGGAACAGAAUUCAUUGGUGUCAGCCAAAAUCUGCACUUCAGCCCAGGAGUAAUCAUCAGACUCCGAGUGGCAAUCCUUGAUGACCUGCAUCAGACUGCCUUUGAGGGUCCAGAGUUUGAAUUACUUCUACAGAUGCCUAGAGGUGCAGUGCUUGGAGAACCAGAUAAAACCAUUAUUGUUUAUCAAUGA